AUGGCAACUGACGAUAAAACUACACUCAAAGGCGAAGAUAUUUCACCUGAAAAAGAUGGAGGUGUUCUCAAAGAAAUAAUUAAAGAAGGUCAUGGUGAUGAACAACCAUCGGUAAAUGAUAAAGUUUCUGUACAUUAUGUUGGUACAUUAUUGGAUGGAACUACAUUUGAUAGUAGUCGAGAUCGUAAUCAAAAAUUUGAAUUUAAUCUUGGCAAAAGUGAAGUUAUUAAAGCAUGGGAUAUUGGUGUCGCAACAAUGAAACGUGGAGAAGUAUGUCGAUUAACAUGUAAACCAGAAUAUGCCUAUGGUGAAGGUGGUUCUGGUGAUAAAAUCGGACCAAAUGCAACAUUAAUUUUCGAAAUUGAACUUUUUGAUUUCUUUGGUGAAGAUUUAAGUGAAGCUAAAGAUCAAAGUGUUAUCCGACGUACAUUAACAAAAGGUGAAGGAUGGGCUAAACCGAACGAAGGUUCUAGCGUUGAAGUUAAACUUAAGGGUACUCACGACAACAAAGUAUUCGAUGAACGAACAGUAUCAUUUACAGUUGGUGAAGGUUUCAUUCAUAACAUUCCAGAAGGUGUUGAACAUGCAAUUACAAAAAUGACAAAAAAUGAACAUGCUCAAUUAAAAUUAAAAUCAAAAGCAACAACCGGUAUUGAAAAAUUUAACAUUCCACAAAAUACUCCCGUUCAAUAUGAUGUUACAUUACUUAAUUUUGAAAAAGCUAAAGAAUCAUGGUCAAUGAAUGAUGUUGAAAAACUUGAACAAUCAGAAGUUUUAAAAAAACGUGCAGGUGAAUUAUUUAAAGAUGGUCAUUAUCGAGCUGCUAUUAAAAAAUAUACUACAAUUGCUGGUUAUCUUGAAGCUGCCAAUUAUGAAAAUGAAGAUGAUAAAAAGAAAGGAGCUGAUUUUAAAUUAACUGCUCAAUCAAAUAUUGCAUUAUGUCAUUUAAAAUUAAAUGAAUUUGCUGAAUGUAUUCAUGCUUGUGAAAAAGCUUUAGAAUUAGAUUCAAAAAAUGAGAAAUGUUUAUUUCGUCGUGGUCAAUCACAUUUAUCAAUGUCAAAUUAUGAUGAAGCUAUGAAAGAUUUUCAAGAAGUACUUAAAUUAAAUCCAUCAAAUAGUGCAGCUAAACAAUCAAUUCAAACAUGUCGUGAACAAGUAAAAGCUUAUCAACAAAAAGAAAAAGCAUUGUAUGUUAAUAUAUUUGCUAAAAUGGCUAAAGCAAGUGAAAAAGCUGAUGCUCAAACUAAAACUGAUGAAGUUAAAACAGCUGAAGAAAAUAAUAACAAUGAACAAACAACGGCUUCAACUUAA